UUUGGCCAGGCAACAAACCUUGCAUCUUGAGCUCAUCAAAGCAAUGGCAGCAGUAAAGCUACAUGGAUUCUGGGCUAGUCCUUUUAGUCAUAGAGUGAUUUGGGCAUUGAAAAUCAAAGGUGUAGACUAUGAAUACAUAGAGGAAGACCUUUCUAACAAGAGUGAACUGCUGUUGAAGUACAAUCCUGUUUACAAGAAGAUCCCUGUCCUUGUUCAUGGCGGCAAGCCAAUUGCAGAGUCCCUCAUCAUCCUUGAGUACAUCGAAGAAACCUGGCCGGAUAAUCCAUUGCUCCCAAGUGAUCCCUAUGAGAGAGCCAAGGCUCGGUUUUGGAUUCAAUAUGGAGCAGACCAGAGUCCGCUUUUCCGUGCAUUUUUUCUGUCAACCGGUGGAGAGGAGCAAGAGAAAGCAGCAAAGGAAUUCUCAGAAGUGCUGAAAAUUAUAGAAGAGAAAGCUCUUGGGGAUAAGAAGUUUUUUGGUGGUGAUUCCAUUAAUUUAGUGGACAUCUCCUAUGCAACGCUGGCCUAUUGGUUCAAGAAUGUGGAAGAAGUAAUUGGCGUUAAGGUUCUGGAGCCAAACACCUUACCCCGUCUGUAUCAAUGGGCUCAAAAUAUCAUGGAAGUUCCUGUCAUCAAAGAAAACAUUCCUGAUAAUGAUAAAAUGUUGGCCUAUACAAGACUAAUCAGGGAGAAGAUUCUUGCUGAACAGCUUAACAAAUAGCAUAAAAAAGCGUCGUACUAGCUACCCUUUCUGGAAAAUUGAUUUUACCAUACUUGGCAGCUUGUAAUGGUUAUCAUAAGCUUAUAUAUGUGUGUGUGUUAUCUGCUUUGUUAUGUUCUAUUGUAUUAAUUAUCAAAUAAAAGAAUUCUAGUGUAAAAAAGCAGAACAACUUUUGGUUUUGUGCUUCU